CGUCUGGGAAACUCGCUCGGCGCGCGGGUCGGCCCCUUUGCGAGCUCGUGCUAUAAAAGCAAGCGCUUCGGCGGGCAUCUCACUACAGUUACUUGCAGCUGGCCAUGCACAUGGCGCUAUCGUCCCGCAGCUCAUUCGCCGCCGACGUCCUCCUCCCAGCCACCAUGUCGUAUCGUCAGCCGUGCAGCGGUGCUUCCAGCUACUUGGGCUCUCAGCCCGCGGCCCCUUUCCCGUCGGCAGCGUUCGGCGCGGUGGCGCAGCUGGACGUCUUCGACUGCCUGUCGUCGGACGAAGGCGUUGGCGUCCCGGCAGCUGUACCUGGUGCGUUCGCGCCGCCGCCGCCGCUUAUGCCGGCCGAGCGCGUCGUCCCGGACGCUGCUGCAGGCUACAGUAGUCAUACUAGGAGUGCAGCGGCUGUGGCGGGUGAGGGGUCGAGGACUACGCACAGAAUUGCGUUCCGAGUGAGGUCGGACGAGGACGAGGUACUCGACGACGGCUACAAAUGGAGGAAGUACGGAAAGAAGUCCGUCAAGAACAGCCCUAAUCCGAGGAACUACUACCGGUGCUCGACGGAGGGCUGCAACGUCAAGAAAAGGGUGGAGCGAGACAGGGACGACCCGAGAUACGUUGUGACCAUGUACGAGGGAGUGCACAACCAUGUGAGUCCUGGUACCGUCUAUUACGCCACCCACGACGCCGCCUCCGGCCGCUUCUUCGUCGCCGGGAUGCAUCAGCCAGGCCAUUGAUCAACGAGCAGAUCAGAGAGCGUCUUAAUUAGUGUAAGAUAUGUAUACCGACUAUCUGUUUUAGGCCUUGUUCAUGUUUUAGGUCUUGUCCAGUUAUUCCAAAUCCAUAUAGAUUGGAAUGUAUUGAAAUGAAUUGAGAUAGAUUUCGACUUGCUAUGAAUUUGAACUGAUACCACCCAA